CCGCGCAGGCCCGGCAGCGCCGCGGUGCCGGGGCGCGCUGCCAUGGCGGCGCCCGCCGGCCUCUGGGCGGAGGUCAGGGCGCUGCUGCCCGGCGCCGAGCAGGGGCUGACCUUGGCGCUGAGCGGCGACGUGGAGGACUGCGUCCGGCUGCUGCUGCAGCGGGCCCGCGGGCUGCUCUGCGGCGCGGCCGGCCGGCCCUGCGCGGCCACGGCGGCGCAGCUGCGGCGCCUGGGCGACGUCCUGCGCGACUACUCCUGGGAGAAGCUGAACGCGGGGCCGUGGCGGGAGGUCGGCAAGGCCUGGCGGCAGGUCUACGCCUACGGCUGCCUCUUCGGGGCGCUGGCCGAGGUCGCCGCCGGCCGCCCGCUGGCGCCCGCCGUGCGCCUCUGCGACAUGGGGCUGCUGAUGGGCGCCUCUGUCCUGGACAACGUCCUCGCCCGUCUCGUCCGCGUCCUGCAGGCGCACCUGCCCCGCGCGGAGCGGCGCGGCCCGGCCGCGGGCACCGCCGAGGUGCGGCCCUGGGGGGGCCCGGCCGCGGGCACCGCCGAGAGGGUCCGGACUGACCACCCCUCUCCAGUCCCUGUUGUGCAGCUGGAAGAUGCGCUUCCACACCUUCAGUGCCCUUCGCUGGAGCAUUUCAGAGACAACUACCUAAUCCCACAGAAGCCUGUGGUCUUAGAGGGGAUUAUGGACCACUGGCCGUGUAUGAAGAAGUGGAGUGUGGACUAUUUUUGUCAAGUCGCAGGGUGCCGCACAGUCCCUGUUGAAGUGGGUACCCAAUACACAGAUGAGGAAUGGUCUCAGAAGCUCAUGACUGUCAGUGACUUCAUCAACCAGUAUAUUGUGAAUAAGAACAGUAUGGGAUACCUUGCCCAGCACCAGCUUUUUGAUCAGAUCCCAGAAUUGAAAGAGGAUAUCAGUAUCCCUGACUACUGCUGCCUGGGUGAAGGGGAAGAAGACGACAUCACCAUUAAUGCUUGGUUUGGUCCAGAAGGCACUAUCUCACCUCUUCAUCAGGAUCCCCAGCAAAACUUUUUAGCCCAGGUAUUUGGAAGAAAGUAUAUCCGUCUAUAUUCGCCACAAGAUUCAGAAAACCUGUACCCACAUGAAAGCCAAAUUCUUCACAACACUAGUCAGGUUGAUGUGGAAGACCCUGACUUAGUCAAGUUUCCCAAUUUCAGAAAGGCCGCGUUUCAGUCCUGUAUUCUGAUGCCUGGACAGGUUCUGUUUAUUCCAGUUAAAUAUUGGCACUAUGUAAAAUCGCUUGAUAUCAGCUUCUCAGUCAGUUUCUGGUGGUCAUAGCUCCAAAGCAUGCAUGAAGUCUGUUAGCAUUGUAAUAGGAAAUCAAAAUCAGAAAAAGUAGCAUCUGGCAUCUCCUCACAAGAGAAUUAUUUUUAAGCCUGAGGAUGUUCUUCCCUCUCCGGAAGUCAGAAGUGGAUUAAAACCAGAAACCAACAAACUCUUUGUUUCAGCAUGGUGAAGAAAUCGGGAUGGGCAAAUGGAAAGAAGAUGCUACAGCCACUUUAUUUUUGUGGAUAUUUCUCAUAUGAACUCCUCACAAAGGGCAUCUGUUAGGUCAUCAUCUUGUAUGCCUGUGUACAUCUGAAAUGGGUCUAUAUAUCAGCACUGCCAGGACUCUGCUUCAAACUAUAUUUGGAACAUCAGGUUAGUGUUAUCUUCUACUUGGACUUAAUAACAGUAAAAAUUGGAGUUAUAUAAACAGUGAGGGAUGGUGCCACCCUAAGGUUCAAUACGUUAAAAAAAAAAAAAAAAGCUAACACAAAGAAAGAUACCAAUCUCCUAUAAGCAAAAAGUUACUAGUGUUAAGGCCUAGGAACAUAAUUGUAGUUAAUCCAUAUUUUAAUUGCAGUUAAAUAAACUGAAGCUUAAUCAUACUUUGAUUAACCAUCAGCUGAACUGCAGACACUCUGCCUUCUGCAGUGUCACACGUUUCUACAAAGGAAAAGAUAUGCUGCCAUUCCAUUCUGGUACCUGGCAAUAUCUAGUCCUUGUCUUUUUUCCAAGUCACUCUUAAAGGAAGAAGCAUCAUUACAUAAAACUGGAGAGUGAGGUGUUAGUACUAAAAACUAAAAGAAUCCUAGGAUGACAACUUUUUCAACACUUUGCAGACAUAAGCUGGUACUGCCCCAAAAGUUUUGUUCUACUCCUUCCCAAUCAUUUUGAUUGCGGGAAUAUUCCCUCUCUUACGGAGCAUAGCUGCUCAUGACCUGGCCUUAUGGCAGAUGACCUUUUCUGUGUCUAAAGGUAAAAAACAAGCAAGGGUACUAACUGAAAGUGUUCGCCAGUCUUCUCAGAGAGGAAACUGCAAGUGCUACAUUGUUUUUUCACCUACUUGAAGCCCUGUGGUGCUAGUAACAGGUUUCACUUUCGUUUGUGCAGCUGAAGCUGUACAAAUAAGGAACGCUGUUGCUGAGAAAGGCUUCUUUUAAUAGUUCACCUGCAUUGAUCAGCUUCCAGGACUGACAAAACAUUUGCAUCUUUCAUUCCCAAACACACACUGUGAGUCCCAAUCCAAGAAUAUGGAGAACUACGAAACCAAAACAGCUUCUGAGAAAGCUGUGAAGGAGAACAGGAAGGUCAAUGAUAGUUUUAUUGUAAGGUUUAUAAAACUUCAGGAAAAAAUAAGUACACUGAACAGUGCACUGUUACUAACGAAUACAAUACAGUCUGGCUAUUUUACAAGAGUGGGGAAAAAAGAUUUCACUGAAAACAAGUUUUACUAGCAUCGUCUAGUGCUGAGACUGAAGCUCUUCUCUGCCCUUCCUGUUUUUGAUGAUGACGGGCAGUCUAUUCGACGCAUACCUGUAAAGAAAACAAAAGAAAGGUUAAUGAAUGGCACACAAAAAAAGCGUGAUAUUGUAUAACCUCUGUAUUUUUAAAAUGCUUUAUGGAGUCCUGUGUUCCUGUUCAGAACAUGCAAUUUCCCUGACUGAAUAGAGGAAUUCUGAAAAGAUUGUGCUCUUAGAAGCUCAGUAUUUCCAGAA